AUGGCUGCAACUUUCCGCUCCCAAAAAGUCGCUCAGCGACUCGCUGCGUCCUCUACGUUACGCUCAACAGCACGGCCAUUCCACACAUCAACUCGCAAGACACUUCCCAUAUCCUGCAUUCUCUGUCAGCUCUGGCCGUCACGAGCGGGCCCAAGCAAUAGCGCCUUCAUCUCCAUCUCUCCUCGCGCUCUACCACACAGUCGCCGCGCCUUCACAACGACAUCAUGCGUGUCCACAAACCAGUCUACCGAACCAUCAGCAGCGGAGACACCACCAACCAUCCCCAACGCCCCCAACACAACAACCUACUACACCAUGUUCCCGAAAACCCUACCAGCCGGCGCACCCCCCUCCUCCCCCUUCACAGUCGACCUGCCAACGCUCCGCCGCGAGUUCCUCUCGCUCCAAAACACCCUGCAUCCAGACAAAUACCCGCCGGGCCCCACGAAGCGAACCGCCGAGACGCUCUCGGCCACCGUCAAUGAGGCCUACCGCACGCUGUGCGACCCGCUCCUCCGCGCGCAGUACAUCCUGCGGCAGUUCCACGGGAUCGAUGUCACGGCGGAGGAUGGCUCGGGGGCUAGUGCGCCGCUGGACCCGGAGCUACUGAUGGAGGUGAUGGAUGUGCAGGAGGCGAUUGAGGAGGUUGGGGAGGGUCCGGAGGCGGAGGAGAGGAUUGCGGAGAUGAAGAAGGAGAAUGGUGAGCGGGUGAGCGGGUGUGUGAAGGCGCUGGCGGAGGCUUUUGAUAAGGGGGAUGUGGAGUGGGCAAGGGGGGAGUGUAUCAGGUUGAAGUUUUGGGUUAGUGUUGCGGAGGGAUUGAGGGAGUGGGAGCCUGGGAUGGGAGGGAUCCGCUUGAUUCAUUGA